CUGCACGGAGCUAUGCUCGUACCUGUACGCAAAGUAGGAAAAAAGGGAGGUUGAAGUCGACGCCAGACAAGACGUAUUUGUUUGUAACUGUCAUCAUGAUGGAAGAUCCACAGUAUGCCAGGACGGCGGCAAUGGGGUUCUCUGUUAUCGCUGGACCGGCGCGGCUUGAACUGGCUGAUCGAGGCAUCGGUGACGCUGCGCGGAACUCCUUGCCCGAAGGCAUAUCGACCCUGUAGUCGUCGCUCUUCUUGUCGUCAGACAUGGUGGUGGAGAGGGGGACGUGUGCACGCUCGCGUGUGUGUAGAGUCGUGAUAUGUGGCAGCGACGGGAAGGUCCGGAGGAGAGGACAGGUACGUGGCGGCGUGUGUACGACUGCAAACGAGGGGUUGUAGUCGAAAGAAGAAGAAAAGACAGGAGUGUGGGACCAGAAGGAAGGAGACGGGUGUCGCAAGAGAGAUGCGCAGGGACGCGAAUUGGGUGGGUCUCAACGAUGGCCUCUCCCCUGGCUUGGAGUCGCUCUGUUGUGGUAGUGGUAAUUUCAUGGGCCACUAGGCCGCCUUUGAACACGAGCAACUUCUUGUCAGCACCACCCUGCAGCCUGUACGAGUUUUGUUCUAUUUUUCACUACCAGACCCUGAUACAGCGCAUAGCGUGUGUCGUAUACGAUCCAAGCGCUUUGCGCACCACUACUGCGAGGGACUGUGCGAAGGCGUUCUUCACUCCACCAGCCUAUCGCCACGUGACUUCUCCUUAUCGAGCCUCGUACUCUUUCCCCUGAUCCACGACAAGCGACCCCAGACAAACUCAAAAAAAAAAUGGCCGCCUUGGAUCCCAAAGUCGCCUCACUUGUCGACCGUGCAGCGCGC